AAUCGACGUGACGUUAUGACGGAUUCAGUGUAGUAUAAUAUAUUAGCAAAAUGACUCGUGCUACUAUCCUCUGUGUCUCUUUAGCUGUUUUAUUAAUUAUUAAUUUCUCCGUUAGUGAUGCAGGUCGUGUAGCCAGGUCACCGCAGCGUGGUUUUAGCCAAGCUAAUGCGCAGGCGAGUGCUCAAGCCGGAGCAGGCGGCUUCGGACGGCCUGGCGGCUUCGGCGGCUUCAACAGACACCGACCUGGCUUCGGACGCGGCAUCGGAGGUGGACACGGAGGCGGAUCCAUCAGCAUUUCCAAGAGUAUCUCUAUAAGCCGUGGUGGUUCAGCCCAGUCCAGUGCUAGCUCUUCAGCGAGAGGCAAAUGAUUAAACGAUUCUAGCAAAUGAAAGACAAUGUUGUUUAAUAAAAUGUAUUUAUUUUUA